UGCGUAGGACUAUUCAAACAUGCACAUUAACCCAAAAUGUACAUAAUGUGUAUAAGUUGAUAAUCAUAAUCAAUCAAAAUUACUUUUAGCAGGUUAUGUAAUAAAGCUGUAAAAUAUUAAUUUACCAUCCCAAAUCUGGUCAUCGAAUCAAUUCUGGCGGUCUCCCGAAAACGGUUGAUUUACGUAGAGUUUACUUAAAGCACAUAAGGGCAUAUCCGUCUUUCUGUCCUAACAAAGCAAACAGCAAUAUAUCUUGCCAAACUAAAAAAAGAAAAAAAAAGAAAGAGAUGAUGAAAGCAAAGUAAAGGGCCUCACUUUUGUUAGUGUCACUUUGGAGAAUUGCUUUGGCAUUGGAAAAAUAAGUGGAGAGACCAUUAAUUGUUGAGUUGAAUUAACAAAAUUAAUAAUAAUAAUAAUGCAGCAAAUUCCUAAUGAAGUAGCUACUCUUUUCUACAAUGUCUCUAGCUCUUUGUUUCUUCUCUUCAUUUUUUUCCAUCUCACUUCCAUUUUUCUUGCCAAGAUAUUCACCUUCUUCGGCGGCAAUCCAUUUCACCUAAGGAAUCAAGAUGGAUACGAAUUCGGCGCGUUUUCUGAUGAGGAAAACAUGGAAGAUGAGAAUAUUGAGUAUUACGGCGGCAUGGAGGCUAAUAAUGGUAUGGAGGAGAAAAUCAGUUUUGUGGAAAACGCGGUUUAUCGUGAAAGAGAAGUGGUAAUGAGUGAAUCAAAUGAUGACGAGGACGACCGAGAAUCGUUGGAAGAAGAAAGUAGUAUAGGUGAUGUUAGUAGUGAAGAAAUUACAAGUAGCUACACCACACCUGCAUCUAUUGAAUCCACUGAUAAUGAUGAUGAUGAUGAUGAACAAGAGAUUCCGAGGACAAAAGAUUCUUUCUAUGAUUCUGAACCAAAUCAAAAUGACCCCACAUCAACAACAACAACAUCAUUUCAUCAUCAAGAUUUUUCAGAGAGUAAUACGACUAAAUAUGAUAGCGGCCGAUCGCACAAGGUUGUUACAAGAAACGAGGCGGAAAACAUUAAGAUGAUGAGUUUGAGGGAAGAAGAAAAUUUCCUGGUGUUUAAACCGACAAUGAAAGGAAAGAAGUUGAUGGAAGAGAAGGAUGAGAUUUACGGAGACACGUUAACGGUUGGAUCGACGUCUAAAGAUUCAUCGGAAUGGAGAAGCUCAAUCAACUGUACGGACGAUCCAUUUUCUUCUUCAUCGAGAAGGAGCUGCCCCAAUUGGGAAUCCUACACCGUCUUCCAAAAGUACGACGAAGAAAUGCUGUUUUUAGACCGUAUCAGCCUUCAAAAGCUCCACGAAACAGAGUCGAUGAGAUCGAUACAAGCGUGUCCACGAUCCAUAUCAGAAAGAAUUGUCCACAAAUUGACAACAAAGAGACAAAAAACAUCAGAAUACCGACAAAAUCCGUACCACGAACUGGAAUCGGCUUAUGUGGCACAAAUAUGCUUGACAUGGGAAGCUCUAAACUGGAACUACAACUACUUUCAACGGCUAAGGGCCUCACGCGCUCAAGAAUCUGAUCCAGGGUGCCCUGCUUACGUGGCGCAGCAGUUCCAACAGUUCCAAGUUCUCUUGCAAAGGUACGUCGAAAACGAGCCUUACGAGCACGGUCGAAGACCCGAGAUAUACGCAAGAAUGAGAAGUUUGGCACCUAAACUUCUUCAGGUUCCAGAAUAUCGAGAUUCGGAAGAUGAUAAGAGAGAGGAAGGGGUAAGUACAAGCUCGAGAAUCCCGUCGAGGUCGUUUCUAAUAAUAAUGGAAGAAUCAAUAAGGACAUUCCUGAAUUUUAUGAAACAAGACAAAAAAAAUCACUACCAAAUGCUGGCUGAUUUAUUCAGGAGGAGGAGGAACAAUAAAAGGGGAUCAGCUGAUGCUACUCUCCUCUUCCUACUAAAGAAAGUUAACAAAAAGAAAAAGUCAAAGAUUAAGGAGCUUCGUCGAAGAGGAAAGUGCAUGAGAAGAAGGAGGAUGAAAAAUGAAGAAGAGAAAGGCGAGCUGGAGAUAAUGAUGGCGCAAAUAGACCUAAAAGUGGUAUCGAGAGUGUUGAGAAUGGGGGAUUUGAACGGAGAACAGUUGCAUUGGUGUGAAAACAAGAUGAGUAAAGUAAGAGUAUCGGAUGGGAAACUACAGAGAGAUUCCUCUCCCCUUUUUUUCCCUGCACCACCAGCGGAUGAUGAACACUAUGUCCCACCACCACCAUGCACCCACCCACCACCCUUGAAUGCUAAUUAUUAAAACAAUUACACAUGAAAAGGAGGCUGCUUUAUAUAUACACAUAUUGAUUGAUGACUAGACGCUGAUUCUGUCUAUUUGCAUGACUUUGCAUGCUACAUAUCCACUUUUCGUAAAUAUAAAAUACACUUAAUUUAUAUGAUACUUGAA